AUGGACGAGCUCCGAAAUAACCUUGGCGCUUACCCAGACUGGGGAUUUGUCAUAUAUCGCAUUACCUACUCCGCUGAAUCAGAUACUCUAUUCCCAGACGCUAUUCGGGUUAUUGAGGGCUGUAUCAAGCAAGAAUUCUUCCAAGAAACCAAAGAAUAUCCACCAAAUGAGCCUAACGAAAUCUGGGCCAAACACCGGUCGACCAUCGUGCAAGAUCCUGUGCGAUUUAACGGGGCGUCUCUCGAGGACAUUCGCGCUCAUUUUGAGGCCUGGGUAGACGCUCAAGAUCCAGAUCCCGGACUAGCGAUUGCAAAUUUGCGUCGCUUGAUGGGGUAA